UCAGUCACUUACUUUCGAGGUGAUGCUCAAUAAUAAUGGUCGUAUGUAUGUACCCGCAUAUCCUACUUACUCCCAGCUCCCGCACGACUUUAGUUCUUCCGAUAGCGACGGAUGAACAUGGCUCAGCUAUCAAUUGUCAAACGUGAAAAAGCAGGGAACCUUCCACUGUAAAUUGUCGUCGUCCUUGUUGCUGCUUUGCUAUAUGCAAGCAUAGAUAAACCCAUCACAUUAGAAUACAUAGCUGUGCCAUGUAAUUGAUUUUGUUCCCAGCAGCAGCAGUCUUCUUACUACUACUUCGUGCAGUUUCUUCGUGCACUUUCACUCCCAAACUGGCAGUCUUGUGGUGGGGAUAAACCACAUCUAAAAUAUUCAACUGUGCUUCUCUCUCGUAGUAAAUGACUCGAUAGAGAAAUUUUGGCAAUUGUCGAGUCCAUCGUCGCAUCAAUUACUUCUUCGCCCAAGUUGAAGGUUUCUCUCGACAUAAUAUUUUUCUCGGAGAAAGUUGAAGCAAAGUUUGGGACGCAUUUUAUCAUUGAGACAUCUACUAAAAUGUGAUAUGGUGUAGGACAUGCUGCAAAAUUACAACCUGGAGACUAAACAUUACGUGAUACUUGCCGUUCUCGGAGUUGUGGAGUUCGUCCUAUUUGCACUCAUGUUUUAUAAUUGCAUUAUCGAACUCCGGCAGAAAAGACGGCAGCGAAAGUACGAGUAUGCAAAGAGGAAAAAGCCACAUGAUGAAGAGUCAGCGACGGUGACGAAACCGUCUUUAAUGGAAAUAUUUUCGGUUGACAUGACCCUAAAUCGGGAUAGUACGGGUACGGCGAACUAUAAGCAUCAUAAUCAUAAUCAUCAUCAGCACCAUCAUCUUCACAAGGUCGGACUUCCUCCUCACGUAAAUGGCAAGAUCAACCACUGCUUCGGACCAAAAAAUCAUCAUGUCCAUCGGCCCAGUAGGAACAGUCUAUAAUGCGGCAGGGCAGGAUUAGCAGGAGUAUUAAAUAUUUGUUUAUUUACUUAAUUCCAUCAAUAGUUCUGUUCAUGAAUAAGUUAAAUUGUAAAUAAGUACUCGUUCUCCGUUUAAAUUUUCUUUAAUUAAUUAAUUGGUGAGCUUUUUUUAAAUAAAAGCAGAUCCCAUGAAAUUUAGUAUGCUUUCCUCUUGACCACCCAUUUUCGUAAUUUUCGUAUGCAUUUAACGCAUACGGGAAGGAAGACAGGAAGGAAAUUGAAAAAGAGAAAUGCGGGUGUAAAAUGAAACUGUGGGUUAAUUGGAGAGCUUUUUUUUAUUACAAUCAGAUCCGAUUAUGCAAUCCUUUUGACCACCAAAUUUUCGUAAUUUUCGUAUUGAUUUUCAUACGGGAAGGAAGACAGGAAGAAAAUUAAAAAGAAAUGCGGGUGUCGUAUGAAAAUCCGAGUUAAUUUGUAAGCGUUUUAAAUAAAAGCAGAUCCGAUUAUGCAAUCCUGUUGACCACCCAACUUUCGUAAUUUUCCUACUCUACGCAUCCAGGAAGAGGAAAACAGGAAGGAAAUUGAAAAGAGAGAAAUGCGGGUGCGAGAUGAAACUGCGGGUGGGACGAGGAGGAAGACGGGAUGCGUAUGGAAUGCUAAUGAGAGAACAAACAUGUGCUUUGAUGAUGCAACCGAUCCGGAGAAUGUACUUCAAACCCCGUUUCUCCAGCGAAAACCCUCUCUUUUCCUUUCCGGGUUCUACUGGGCUUUUCCGUGUAAAAAAAUGAUCCACUUUGUUGUUCUGUCUAGUAGCGUUAGGGGAGCAUCUGUCUUUCCAUGGAUGAAAAUUGUGUAUGUAUGAAAAACAAAUGUUCACUAAAUAAGAAAUUAUCUACAAA